AGCUCAGUCGUGGCCAUGGCACAGGCAGAUUUCAAGUUUCUCAUCUGGAUUGGAUUAUUAAGCUGCUUUGUGGUCUGCGGAUCUGCCCAACAAGGUGGGAGCAAUUGUAUAAAAGCUAAUGCUAAAUCAUGUGCUGAUUGUAUACAAGCUGGACCAAAUUGUGGAUGGUGCAAAAGUGCAACCUUCUUUCAAGAAGGAGAAUCUACUUCAACACGAUGUGAUGAUUUGGAAGUUUUAAAAACUAAGGGCUGCCCUCCAGAUGAAAUAGAAAAUCCCAGAGGCUCACAAGCUGUGCCGAAAAACAAGGAAGUAACCAAUCGUGUCAAAGGGGCUGCUGAGAAUCUUAAACUGGAAGACAUUACUCAGAUUCAACCACAGCAAGUACAAUUAAAGCUGCGAAUAGGGGAACCACAGACAUUUUCAUUAAAAUUUAAGAGAGCUGAAGAUUAUCCCAUUGAUCUUUAUUACCUUAUGGAUCUCUCCUACUCUAUGAAAGAUGACUUGGAGAAUGUGAAAAGCCUUGGAACUUCUAUCAUGAGUAAAAUGAAGAAUAUAACUUCAGAUUUUCGAAUUGGUUUUGGCUCUUUAGUUGAACAAACUGUAAUACCUUAUAUUAGUACUACACCAGCCAAACUGAAGAACCCAUGCACCGUUGACCAUAACUGUACAAGCCCUUUUAGCUACAGGAAUGUACUCAACUUUACCAGCGAUGGAAAUCUGUUCAAUAAGCUUGUAGGUGAUCAACAGAUUUCUGGCAAUCUGGAUUCUCCUGAAGGUGGAUUUGAUGCAAUAAUGCAGGUUGCUGUUUGUGGUUCAGAACUUGGAUGGAGAAAUGUCACUCGGUUGUUGGUAUUUUCUACGGAUGCUGGAUUUCAUUUUGCUGGAGAUGGGAAACUUGGAGGAAUUGUCUUGCCAAAUGACGGGCGAUGUCAUUUAGAUAACAAUAUGUACACAAUGAGCCAUUAUUAUGAUUAUCCCUCCAUUGCACACCUUGUUCAGAAGCUAAAUGACAAUAAUAUUCAGAUAAUAUUUGCUGUUACACAAGAAUUUCAACCAGUUUACAAGGAGCUCAAGAAUUUGAUUCCAAAAUCUGCUGUGGGAACACUCUCUUCAAACUCCAGUAACGUGAUUCAACUGAUAAUUGAUGCCUACAAUUCAUUGUCUUCAGAAGUCAUUCUGGAAAACAACAAACUACCAAAAGAAGUCACAAUUGAAUAUAAAUCUUUCUGCAAGAAUGGAGUGAAUGGUACAGGAGAUGAAGGAAGAAAGUGCUCCAACAUUUCAAUUGGAGAUGAGGUUAGCUUUGAGAUUAAAGUAACAGCCAACCAGUGUCCAGAAAAAGGGCAGGGUGAAACCAUUAAAAUCAAGCCACUAGGUUUCACUGAAGAGGUAGAAAUUAAUCUGGAUUUCAUCUGUGAAUGUGAAUGUCACAAGGACGGAAUUCCAGACAGCCCUAUUUGUUUUUGGAAUGGAACAUUUGAGUGUGGUGCCUGCAGGUGUAAACCAGGACGUAUUGGAAAGCUCUGUGAAUGCAGCAUGGAUGAAGUAAACAGUGAAGAUAUGUCAAGCACCUGUAGACCAGCAAACAGUUCAGAAAUAUGUAGUAACAAUGGAGAAUGUAUUUGUGGACAGUGUGUGUGCAGGAAGAGAGAGAAUGCAAAUGAGAUCUACUUUGGCCGGUUUUGCGAAUGUGAUAACUUCAACUGUGAUCGAUCUGAUGGCUUGAUUUGUGGAGGACAUGGUGAAUGUAAAUGUCGUGAGUGUGAAUGCGCAGAAAAUUAUACAGGCUCUGCUUGUGAUUGUUACAUGGACACCGCCCCGUGUGUAGCUGGAAAUGGGCAAAUCUGUAAUGGCAGAGGAAUCUGCAAGUGUGGAGUCUGUAACUGCACAGAUCCCAAAUUUACGGGGCCAACAUGUGAAUUGUGCCCGACCUGCCCUGGAGUUUUGUGCAGAACACAAGUAAGGCUUUUGGAUUUUUAAAUAAUAAAAUAACUUCCUGCUGGGAUAUUUGCAAAUUGCUCCAGGGGAAUUUUUGUGUUCCCCUUUGUACAAGGAACUGUUUCUUGUGGCACAUGUUUUUGCUU